ACUAGAUUCUUUCUCUGCUCUCUCGUCCAGUUUCACUCCGCAGAAGACACAUGCGACACAUUCUGACAAGAGAGACUUUUGUUUGAUCACAUCGACCGGAGAGGAGACACCAGGAGACACAUCUCUUGGUUGUAACCUGACUACUGUAGAUUGUUCUGCUCGCAGGUUGAAUUCGUUGACAAACACACAAGAAGAAUCAUCUCUCGGCGACCAAAGGCCUGCAGGUUCACCUCGGACACCAUCAGAGACUACUACCAGUCAAAUAAACACACAAGAAGAGAGGAAGUACUGUAGGUGUUUUCUGGUCCUUUUGGUUUUAAUCUUAGCAGUGCAGGCUUUGACCUCUGAUGGACUACAUGGACAGUGGACUGAGAUACACCCCAAAGUCGGACAAAGACUGGGACACCUCUGUCCAAUUCCUGCCAGCAUCGGAUAACAAAAAGCUUGAGAAGAAAAAGGGUCCGGGGAAAGUUGGAGCUGUGAUCGGGGUGGUGAUCUUUGCUGCCGUUAUUGCUCUUAUGACCGGACUGCUGGUCUGGCAUUUCCACUUCCGUAAAGAUGUGCGACUCAAGAAGAUGUACAGCGGCUCCAUGCGGAUCACCAACCAGGUGUUCGAAGAUGCCUACGAGAACUCCAACAGCUCUGAGUUCAAGGCGCUGGCGAAGCAGGUGACCACACAGCUUAAGUCCAUCUAUUCCAAAAGUCCACAGUUGUCCAAAUACUAUGUUGGUUCUACAGUUCAGGCUUUCAGUGAAGGCAGUGUUAUUGCCUACUACCUGUCCGAGUUCAAAGUCCCUACCAGCCAAGAGGCAUCUGUUGACAAAGCCAUGUCUUCAAUGGAGAAGCUAGUGGACAAAGAGCGGCGAAACACGUUCAGACCUGGCAACUCUCUGGUCGUUGAAGAUGUGAUAUCUUCAGAACUUGAUCCCCGACUGUUUUCAGCAUCAUACAGGAGUCUUUUCAAGUAUUCAGAACAUACAAAGACCAAUCGUAUCGGGCAGAUCCAGUCGCCUGGCUUCCCUAACAGUCCAUAUACCCCCAACACCUUCAUGCAGUGGCAGCUGAGAGCAGAACCCAGCUACGUCAUCAAGCUGGAGUUUGAUACGAUGAAUCUGGAAGAGAACUGCAAGAAUGACUUUCUCAGAAUCUACGACUCCCUGGUGGCCAUUGAGAGCCGCGUUAUGGAAGAGAUGUGUGGAUACUACUCACCUAGUGAACCAUUGACCUUUCUGUCUUCUGGCAAUGUCAUGCUGGUGACGAUGGCCACAAAUGACAAGAAGAACUACCCAGGAUUUAGAGCAAAAGUCUCACAAAUCCGACGUGGUAGUAAAGGUACGACAUGCGGUGGCCAGCUGACAGGUGAAAAAGGCACCUUCACUUCUCCCAACUUCCCAAAUUACUAUCCUCCUCGAAUUUCGUGUGAGUGGACGAUCAAGGUCCCUGCUGGUAAGGCGGUGAAGGUGACGUUCAGAAAGUUCCUCUUGUCUGAGCCUGGGCAGGAGAACACGAAGGACUGUCGCAAGGACUACGUGGAGGUCAACGGAAAGAAACUAUGCGGAGAAGAGCUUGACGGAAGCCUGACAGAAACCAGCAACACCAACACAAUGAGCGUCCUGUUUCGCUCUGAUAACUCCUAUGUGGACCGAGGUUUCAAUGCAUCAUACGAGGCCAUAGACAUCAAAGACCCUUGUCCAAAGCAGUUUCAGUGCAGAAAUCAACGCUGUGUUAAAACAGACCUCAGGUGUGAUGGGUGGAAUGACUGCGGAGACAUGAGUGAUGAAUUAGGCUGCAAGUGCAAUCCAAAGGAUAUCAGUUGUAAGAAUGGAUUGUGUAAGCCCCAGUUCUGGAAAUGUGAUGGCGUUGAUGACUGUGGAGACCUCACAGAUGAGCUGGACUGUGGUGGAUGCAAAUCUGGACAAAUAACAUGUAAGAAUGAAAAAUGUGUGUCCGAGAAGAAUCGCUGUGACGGCACAGACAACUGUGGGGACGGGUCAGAUGAGCUCGACUGUGGGAGAAGCACUGAUAUUAGCUGCACUGAUCUCACUUAUAAAUGUAAAAACGAUAAAUGCAUCAGUAAAGUGAACCCAGAAUGUGACGGGACACAGGACUGUGAAGAUGGAUCUGACGAGGAGAAUUGCGACUGCGGGAGGAGUAUGUUCAAGACGUCGCGUAUUGUGGGCGGUCAGGAUUCAGAAGAAGGGGAGUUUCCCUGGCAGGUCAGCCUCCACGUCAAAGGUUUCGGUCACGUGUGUGGAGGGUCCGUCAUCAAUCAACGGUGGCUGGUCACUGCUGCCCACUGUGUGCAAGAUGACGGCCGGACAAGAUUCUCCCAGCCCGGCACUUGGGAGGCUAACCUCGGCCUUCACACCCAAGGGACGCUUGGAAGUACCGUGAAGAAGAACCUGAAGCAGGUCAUACCCCACCCGAACUACAACACUUACACUUAUGACAAUGACAUCGCCCUGAUGGAGCUGGACAGUCCUGUCACGUACUCGGAUUACAUCAGGCCCAUCUGCUUGCCGGCUUCCCAACACGAUUUUCCAAUGGGUAACACUGUGUGGAUCACGGGAUGGGGCGCCACUAGAGAAGGAGGAUUUGCUGCAAAAGUGCUCCAAAAGGCCCAGGUCCGAAUCAUCAACCAAAAGGUGUGCGAUGAUUUGAUGGGUGGGCAGAUCACGUCUAGGAUGUUGUGUGCCGGAGUGCUGUCCGGAGGAGUCGAUGCUUGUCAGGGGGACUCUGGCGGCCCUCUGUCCAGUCCAUCUGGCACUCGUAUGUUCCUGGCAGGAGUCGUCAGUUGGGGUGAUGGCUGUGCCCGCAGGAACAAACCUGGCAUUUACACAAGAGUCACCAAAUUCCGAGGAUGGAUCAAAGAAAAGACAGGAGUGUAGACCACUGCAAAAUGGUCCAACGAGGUCAUGUUGACAUGAACAAGGACUGAUGACCAAAGCUUCACCAUUUGACUUUCCAGCUGAUGAAGUGGUUUUGACUCCCAGUCGCAGCUGCAGUGGAAAAUGCACUGUUUGCCUGAAAAGCAAUUGACACACAUUUUAUGUCCACUGCAAUUUUAUGAGGGUAGGGUUGAUGAAAUGUUUUUAAAUGUGUAUAUAAAGGUUUUAUUUUUGUGUGUUGUUUUUUUCCUGUUCUUUUAGCGUGUAUUGAUGGAGAACAUUAUGUGCUGCACAUGAAAUAGAUUUUAAUCAGGAUUUUUAAACAUGUACACAAAUGAAUUGUGCAUCCUCACACUCUCUUGUUUUGUGUUUUAUCAGAAGAAAUCAUAAGAAUUUCCCACCAAUUUUCCUUGUUGUCUUUGUUCUGAAUUUUAUAAAUUAAAAAACUAAAUGACA